GGGCCUGCCUUUACAAGUCAAUAAAUUGAGAAAUGAUAGCAACACUGCUACAAAAAAAGGAGUUGAUAUGGAAGAGAGAAUGCGUCAUGGAUUACCGGCCAAACGAUCGAUACGUGGUGUAAAACAUGUUAUCGCUGUUGCAUCCGGUAAAGGUGGAGUUGGAAAGUCCACUACAGCUGUCAAUUUGGCACUUGCAGCCUCGUCCUUUAGGAAACGUGUUGGUAUUUUAGAUGCAGAUAUUUUUGGUCCAUCCGUGCCUCGUUUAAUGAACUUAAAAGGUGAACCAAAUAUAAAUGAGCAAAAUGGAAAUUUGAUUCCACUUGUAAAUUAUGGAGUCAAAGCAAUGUCUAUGGGAUUUAUGGUUGGAGAAGAUUCACCUAUCGUAUGGAGAGGUCUCAUGGUUAUGAAAGCACUUCAACAAUUACUUCAUCGAGUUCAGUGGGACGAACUUGAUCUUCUUGUAAUUGAUAUGCCUCCAGGAACAGGUGAUACACAAUUAACAAUCAGCCAACAAGUUGAAUUGUCCGGCGUUGUUAUCGUAUCUACACCACAGGAUAUAGCACUUAUAGAUGCUAAAAAAGGCGCAAAUAUGUUCUCCAAAGUUAAUAUACCAAUUCUUGGAAUAGUACAAAAUAUGUCAAUUUUUGUAUGUCCGAAUUGUCAGCAUCAAACUCAUAUAUUUGGUAAAGAUGGAGUUAUUAAGAUAUCCAAAGAUCUCAAUAUUGAUUUUUUAGGUGAUAUACCAUUGGAUAUUAAUAUUUGUAAUUUAUCAGAUAUUGGAAAUCCAAUUGUUGUUGCUAAACCUGAUAGUAUAUAUGCAAAAUAUUAUAAAGACAUUGCUCUUAAAGUUAUAACAAAAUUGGAAACAUUAUAGUUAAGCUAAUUGCUUUAGAAUUAAUUAUUCUUUAAUAGGGCAAAAAUAAAUGUAUAUGGUGCGCUCAG